AGUAUGGUUGACUCCCACCUUUUCCUUUCUUAAAAAUUGCUGCUGAGAGUAUAUAAAGGCAUGAGUUUGGCUGAAACAAUUUAAUGCAUAUAUGCAUGCAUGCAUCAUCUGCAAUCUUAUAACAGCUCAGGAAUGAAUCUUAGUGGAAGCAGUUUUGUCGUUGGAGUGCUAUUUGCAGCUGCAAUAGCCAGCACAGCAGCACUGCGAUCAUGCGACUCGAGGCUUCGCAUUCUACUGCCGCAUUUAUUCCUGCACUGUGACUGUAUAUACUCUGAUUGGAGUGAAUGGGAGCAAGUGCCAAAUUCCAUUGGAACAGAUGUAUCAGGCACCUGUGAAAGUGGCCAAGCUUUUAUUGAGACAAGGAGAAAAAUGGCGAUCGGUGAAGGUUGCGAGGAGCAAGAUGAAAGCCGGACAAUGUGUGCACCAACUCAGAAGGACAGGCUGAUAUUGCUGCUUGGUUUGGGCGCCAAAUCAACACCGCAACCUAAAGUGAAACCAAUUUCAAUAUUAUCAAAAUUUACUUCAGGCAUAAAUUCCUCUGGACUCAUUAGUACUACACCUACGAAACUACCUCUGAGGAGAAAACGAAGGACACGAUGCAGUCAUCAGUCUCAAUGUUUGCAAUUCUGGGACGAGAGCCGAGGUAAACGAUCAACACAAGAAGAAGAUAGCUCUCGCCUCGAGUCAAACAAGCAUCAUGCCCCAAAGCAUCAUGCCCCAAAGCAUCAUGCCCCAAAGCAUCAUGAUCCUGUACCAAGGCCAUUUAGCGUGAGUGAGGAUGGUCAUCGAUUCAGAAGACAGACUAACAAGUGUGAUCCCAAUGACAACCAACAUGUGCUCUUUGUGUUAGACACAUCUGGGAGCAUUCCGAUGGACACAUUCCGUCGAAUGACCGAUGUAGUUGCAGAUCUCACAACUCUUUUUUGCAAGCCAAUAGAAGUUGCUGUGCUUACUUUUAGUCAUAAAUUUUUUCUCGAAUUUUGCUUUAAUUGUUUUGAGACUGAUAUUUUUGGACGAAUAAAGGCAGCGGAGGCUAUUCGCAAUAUCCCAUACAGAGGAAAUGUAGCAGGAAAAGUAGGAUAUACAGCAACUGGUGGAGCUGCUAAGUGUGUCUGUGAUCAACUGCUAGAUUCGAGUUGUGGUGUUGAGUUUGCUGACAACACUUGUGUAGACGUCGUUUUUAUCACUGAUGGCUACUCAAAUGACAAUAAUUUUGAGAUAUGUGACGAAGUGAAAUGCUUACACGAUCAUUUCUUGAAUCUGAAUACGUACUCUCUAGGGGUUGGAAACUACGACACUCCUUCUGCUAGAAGUGAACUCAAAUGUAUUCAAGAUAGCUCCAACGAUCAAAGCUUGUUCACGUUUGAAACAUUUGAAGAGUUUUUUGAUCAAUUGAAAGAAGUGGAAGAGGAGCUUGCAGAUCCCGCCAACACAGAGCAUACAUGCACUGAUGCAGAUGGCACUUUACAGUCAGACUGAUCGCUCGAGCGGACUUAUAGUGAGCAGUGAGCUAGUUACAAUGACACGUACUGUAUCGAUGUCUGCAUGGUAUUUAAGAACAGUUUAUAAUAAUGGAACGAUUAUAGUGAUUGUGCAUACUAAUUACACAUGAUUGUAUAUUGUCGAUUAAUUUUUAUAUUCUCUUGCCCGAUCUUGGGAUAAUGGAAUUAUAAUGAUGACAAAA